GUGAGACGGACCAAACGGGAGAAGGCUGAAAGCAUGCUGCGCAACGAUUCGCUAAGCUCCGACCAAUCGGAAUCUCUGCGUCCACCACCGCCGAGACCCUACAAGUCGAAGAGAGGGCUGGGGGCCGGAGGGAAGAGGCAAACCAGCGUCAGCAGUUCAGAGGAGGAGGGGGGGACCACGCCUGAGUACAGCAGCUGCGAGGAUGCUGAGAUCGAAAGCGUCAGCGAGAGAGGCGACUGGGAGUGUUACCCACAUGACCCCACCGUAUGGCAUUCAGCGUUUUCAUCUAUCUGCCGUUUCCUAUUACAGCAUCCUGUAACCUGGCAGCCGUCCAAGGAAGGAGACCAUCUGAUUGGACGAAUCACCCUCAGCAAGAGGAGCGCCACCAUGCCUAAAGAAGCCGGGGCUCUGCUGGGGUUAAAGGUGGUGGGAGGCAGAAUAACAGAGUCAGGGAGAUUAGGGGCCUUCAUCACUAAAGUCAAGAAGGGAAGCCUGGCUGACGUGGUGGGGCAUCUGAGAGCAGGGGAUGAGGUUUUACAGUGGAAUGGGAAGCUGUUACCGGGGGCGACCAUGAAGGAAGUUUACAAUAUCAUCCUGGAGUCUCAAGCGGAGCCUCAAGUGGAGCUAGUGGUUUCCAGGCCUAUUGGUGAUAUCCCAAGAAUCCCCGACACGUCCCACCCUCCAUUAGAAUCUAGUUCCAGUUCAUUUGAGUCCCAGAAGAUGGAGAGACCAUCCUUAAACGUCCUAUCUCCCUCCAGUCCUGGGAUGCUCCAAGACGCUCCACAGCUAAUGCCUGGACAGCUCUCAGUGAAGCUAUGGUAUGACAAAGUGGGUCACCAGCUAAUAGUCAACGUGAUUCAGGCUACAGAGCUUCCUCUCCGGCCUGACGGGCGGCCCAGAAGCGCCUACGUCAAAAUGUACUUCCUCCCUGACCGGAGUGACAAGAGCAAACGGAGGACAAAAACAAUGAAGAAAACCUGUGAGCCCAAGUGGAACCAAACAUUCGUCUACACUCACGUCCAUCGCAGGGAUUUCCGCAAUCACAUGCUGGAGCUAACCGUGUGGGACCAGCCCAGGUCUCCAGAGGAGGACAGCACUUUUAUGGGAGAGAUCCUGAUAGAGCUGGAGACGGCCUUGCUGGACGACAAACCUCACUCGUAUCCACUCCAAACCCACGAUGUCUCAUCCAUACCGCUACCCCAACCUUCCCCAUACCUGCCCCGACGACAAACACAGCCUGACACCACAGGCAGGAAGCUGCAGCGUUCUCAGCGUGUAACAGACCCUGAAUAUGAUGAGGGUACAGCAGUAGUGUCUAAAGCAGACGGACGUGGCAGGGAGAGGCAACGGGAGUCCACGUCUACCCUGGAGGUGCCCGAUCAGCAGAGGACGCCCGCCCAUCACAUACGUUCCCGAUCGGUCUCCCCGCACCGCGAGGAGCAGGGGCGCAUCUGGUCACGACCACCCAAUGUUCCCACCCAGAGGAGUCUGGACGACGAGCUUCCUCACGCUCGUCGUUCUCGUUCUCCGACCCGCUACUACGACCCUGCCAGAGGUCGCCACCAGGAGGAGGAGUACCUGGACGACAGUGAGGUCGUCAUGAUCCACCAGUCAAUGCGAGGCAAAAGUGCUGAGUGCCUCCACACCAGGCAGCCUCGGACCCUGGAAACAACUGAAUGUCACACUCUUGGCAGGAAGCUCUCUGACAGUAGCAGGGGCCACCUCCAAGGCGGUGUGUCUCUUUCCUCCUCAGUGACGUCCUCCUCGGCCCGCAGGGUGAGGCAACUCCCGCAGCUUCCCCCCAAGGGCAACACCGCAGAACAAGGUGGGUCCCUGGUAGCAGAGGAGCGCGUUCGUCAGCUCCAGCAGAGGGUUCAUUCCAACCGGGUGUCAGCAGCCACCACUUCCAGCCAACAGGACCUGGACAGAUCCCUGAAGAACAAACGGGAGCUCUAUAAGGACCAGAGGAGGAGCAGCGAGAACAUCUCCCAUAAGUCCUCAGACAGUGAUGUCAGCGACGUGUCAGCCAUCUCUCGAACCAGCAGUGCCUCUCGCAUCAGUAGCACCAGCUACAUGUCCAUCCAGUCAGAGAGACCCAGGGGACGCUUCAGCCGGGCCAUUCGCGCGACGGGCCGCCACAUGAUGAAAAGCACCAGCGUGAGCGGCGAGAUCUACGGCAUGGAUCACGCAGACGGCAGCCAAUCAGACACGGCCCUCGGAAGCCUGGGAAGCGGAAUCAAAGAGCGGCGCAACAGCCUCAGCCAACGCGUGGUCGCCAUCCUGCCAUCCAGACGCAGCCGGAGCACCUCGCAACUCAGCCAGACAGCUCCGACAGGUAAAAAGGUCGGUAAGGGGGGCAGCAGCAGCAUACAGAGGAGCGUGGAGACUGGCAUGGCGGUGGAGUACCCACGAGGAACGACAGCCAUGAACCGGCAGGCCAGCAGAGAAUCAACCGACGGCAGCAUGAACAGCUACAGCUCUGAGGGGAAUCUGAUCUUCUCAGGGAUGCGGUUGGGUGCCGACAGUCAGUUCAGUGACUUCCUGGACGGUUUAGGUCCUGGUCAGCUGGUGGGCCGGCAAACACUGGCAACACCUGCCAUGGGUGAUGUUCAGAUCGGUUUGAUGGAUAAGAAAGGCCAGCUGGAGGUGGAGGUGAUCAGGGCACGAGGCCUUACCCAAAAACCAGGCUCCAAAUCCCUCCCAGCUCCCUAUGUCAAGGUGUACCUGCUGGAUAAUGGAUCUUGUAAAGCCAAAAAGAAAACUAAGAUUGCACGAAAGACCCUGGAGCCCCUCUACCAGCAGCAUCUGCUCUUUGAAGAGGGUCCCCAGGGCAAGGUGCUUCAGGUGAUAGUGUGGGGCGACUAUGGACGAUUGGACCACAAAUGUUUCAUGGGUGUAGCACAGAUCCUAUUGGAGGACCUGGACCUCUCAAGCACGGUGAUUGGCUGGUACAAACUGUUUCCGCCUUCCUCAUUGGUGGACCCUACAUUAGCUCCGCUCACGCGGCUGGCGUCUCAGACGUCAUUGGACAUCUCAGGACCGCCGCCCGGCGUUCGGUCCUAG